AUGCGUAAGGUGAUCAGGGCAAAAACACCAAAUUUCAUUGGAUAUGAGUUUCUAAAUUUAAAGAAGGCUCUAGAUAAAGCUAGUAAAAAUCUUCAAUUGAGAACCCCUGAAGCCUUAGACUAUUAUUAUUUAAAAUGGAACAUUUCUUACUCUGCCGGCGAAGCAUUGCCUAUCUUCAUUGUUAUAAAUCCUAACGGCAAGACUCCGCCAUCCCAAGUAUCAUUGUCAUUAUAUGAUGAAUUUAAUAAUAUUAAACUUAUUGAUAUUGCCGACACUCCUUUAACAUCCUCUGAAAUAGCAAUACCUUUCCCUGUGUACACAUGGACCGUGGUUUCAGAGAUUAAGUCAGAUUUCAAUUUUGAAUCUGGUGAUUUUACUAUGGUCAUGUCAUAUAAUGAUGGUAACACGACUGUAAAAAAAGAUAGACGCUUAAAACUUUUAAAUGUAGUUGCUUCUCCAGGCG